GACUAUUUUUUUAAACGGAUAAGCCCCUAAAUUUCCCAACCUGUGCAAAUAUUCCCUUUAGUUAAGGGCCAUUUAGGGGUGACAAUUUUCCCUGAUCCCAGCGGGACUCCACAAGUAUCCCCACCACAGGGACAAAGCAGGGACGGAAGACAUUUUCUCUUGUAAAAUUUCACGAGGAAUUUUUCCUCUCGUAGGACCCUACAAGAAUCCCCAUCCAUACAAAAAAAAUUUAUUUUAAAUUUAACUUACUCUUCAAAUUUAAAUCCAAGUCCAAACCAAUUAAAAUUAACUUAUCCGAUACUAUUCAACCUAACCAAACCCAAUCCAACUUAACCAAACCCAACCCAAUCUAAUUUAACCAAACCCAACCCAACUUAUUCCCCUAAAUUUAACCCUAAGCCUAAUUCAUUUCUCCAUUCUAAUCACUCUCACUCUCACCUUCUCAGAUCUCAGUUUCUGCCUCUCGUUUGUUGCUUGCAAAUCUGCUCUACUGCUAUUCAUGAAUCUGCUCUGCUCUUCACGAACCCUUCUGCUCCGCUGUUGCUCACGAUCUGCUCUUCACAAACCAUUUUGCUCGCUGCUGUUCACGAAUUUGCUCUACUCUGCUGUUGCUCACGAAUCUAUUCUACUCUGUUGUUGCUCACGAGUCCUUCUGCUCUUCACAAACCCUUCUACUCGCCGCCACCCAAGAAUCUGCUCUUCAUGAACCCUUCUGCUUGCUGCUACUCACGAAUCUGCUCUGCUUUGUUGUUGCUCACGAAUCUGCUUUGCUCUAUUGCUGCUUACGAGUCCUUCUGCUCUUCACGAACCCUUCUGCGCUGCUGAUGCUCACUCUGCUGGCUAUUGCUGGCUGCUACUCACUAUGCUGGCCGUUGCUCACGAACCCUUCUGCUCUGCUGCUACUGAAAGCCAUCCGCUCUUUAGAUUAGAAUUUGAUAUUUAGUGGGGAAUGAGGAUCUCUGCGGGGAUCCCCAUUCCCCGCGGGGAAAGGGGAUGGGGGUCAAAAUCUGCCUCCCGUAAAAAAUCCCCGCAGGGAUGUUGUCCGCGUGAAUCAUGGGGAUGGGGAUGGGGAUGGAAAGGGGAUCCCCGGUCCUACAAGACUCCGUUGCCAUCCCUAGGACCAUUUCAACCAAUGUUUGUGUGCAGUGUUCGUGGCAACCAAAAAUGAGUAAUUGUAAUUUUUUCUUUUAUGAACAGUGGAAAAUUGGAGGAAAAGAAACAAUAGUUACAAUAAUGCUGCAGUUGCAGGUUAAACCCUUGACCAAGAGGUCAAGGUCAUCUAUGC